GGAAAAAAUUCCUUACUACCAGCUGUUUACACCCAUGAAGUUAGUGAAAGCAGCAAGCUUUAUCUACCAUCAACAUACUGUGACCGCCACCAAACUGAUCUUCAAUUCCUGAGAGCACCAGUGCAUUUCGCUCGCCUCAUACAAGUGCCACCUAUUCCAGCAGAAACGCUAAACGCCGAUGCAAACCUUGUUGUAAAAAUGGUCAUCGGGACCGACAUUGACAUCGGUCAGGGAGAAAGCGAUCCCUCGUACGUGAUUUCCGAUGGUCAGUUUUUUGUUGGUGUUCAAAUACGCGACAAAAACAAUUACAAAACUUCGACACCUUGUCUUCUUAUGGAAGCAAGCAGCGGCAACACUUUUGGUAGUGAUCUUCGUUAUGGUUCGCCUUUGCCAAAGCCUGCCGAGUCUUACUACCCGGGAAGGGUCGAGACCAAGCUAAGCCUGUCUGACCGGUGGGGAACCUGUUUUACUUCCCACGAUGGCGGCUUCAGCAGUGAGAUGAUUUUCCAAAGCAAGCUUAAUCCUCAAAAAGGCCUAUUUCUGGAAAUAUACGCUGAUGACAGCAGCGAAAAAGUGGGAAUCAAGUACGUUGAAGUGAGCAUUGUUCGAGAAGGCUGA